UCGUGAAUUUACUCACCGUGUGAAGUCUGUAUCAAUGGCCAAGUUCACUUCCCAAGAAAUAGAAGCUCUUCAAAAGGGUGGUAAUCAGCGUGCAAGGGAAACAUAUUUGAAGGAGUGGGACUCUCAAAGGCAGAGACUUCCUGAUAGCAGCAAUGCUGACAAAGUUAGGGAGUUUAUAAAGAGUGUCUAUGUGGAAAGAAAAUAUGCUGGAGGAAAAACCUCUAACAGACCUCCGAGAGAUAUGCAGAAUCUCAGAACCCACGAAGAUGAGACAAGGCGAGCCAGUUCAUAUCAUUCUUACUCUCAAAGUCCACCUUAUGAUUUUCAAUAUGAAGAACGGCGUUAUGGAAAACACGCUCCCGUGCUCACAAGAAAGCCUGGUUCAGAUCGAGGUCUUUAUGAAGGGAAAGUCUCUAGUUUUUUGAGUCCAAGUCGUUUAAGUAGUCAUAUCUUUGAGGACAGGUUUGCAAAUGAGGAAUCUAACGCAAGAGCUUCAGACUAUUCUGUGUCUAGCGGAGGUGAUCCAUUCCGGUCUGAUAGCCAAUCGCCUAACUUUGAGAGGGACAUUGGAUUUAACAGUCCCCAGAGUGAAAUUUCAAGGGAUUUGUUCAGCGAAGAUGCACAUUCUCAUACAGUGAAUACAUUAUCACACACAAUUGCUAGGAGAGAUGCAGACCGGGGUGUGCGUCCACAGGUCAUGUUACUAUUAUAUCUGCUUUUGAUUCUGAUAGAGGUUAAACACAUUGUUAUUUAUUCAGCAGUGGUACCUUGGGAGUCUCUUUCAACUGUGUCUUGA